GAUGAUUCUCUAGGUUCUUCAAGUGCGUUGUUCCAUGAGGUCGCAAUACAUGUGAUUGGGGAUAAAGCUAAUGACAUGCUGCUGGAUAUGGUCGACAAAGGUUGUUGAUUUGAAUGUAGUGAAGGACCGUAGAUUCUGGGUGCAGCAAACCGCUUUGGCAAACAAGGUGUCAUCUCAUCUGUGCAGGCACAAAUCCAGUGCAUUUGAAGGUUGGCAGCUUGCUAAAUGUAGUAAAACCAGGAGGAGAGACACACGUUACAAGCCGCACGGCAUGCGCGCGCGCAGUGUUUUCCUCCAUUGACAACUCCUCUUCUUCCGUUCUUCCCCCCGCGAACCUCUCCCCGCCACUCCCUCUGCUCCGUUCGCUCCCCUGCAUGGCCUGGCCUCCAAGAACGGCCGCUCCUCCAACCCCUCCCCUCUCCUUGCAUUUCUUGAACCCAAUACACUCGCCCCUCCACGUUAGGAGCGAGGGAACACCCAUCAGCCAAGAGCCACACGCACAGCGAUGUACCAGCGCGAGAUAUCAGCCAUGCGCCUGUCCCUCCUCCUCGUGGCGGCCGCCCUCUCGGCCCGCGCGGCGGCGCAGAUGCCGCUGGGCGGCCAGGGCCCACCGGUCGCGCCCGGCGGCGGGCAGGUACAGCCGGUGGUGGGCGGCGGCCCGCUGUCGCCCGAGUUCUACAGCCAGUCGUGCCCGCGCGCGGAGCGGAUCAUCGCGGAGGUGGUCCAAGCGAAGCAGAUGGCGAACCCGACGACGGCGGCGGGCGUGCUCCGCGUCUUCUUCCACGACUGCUUCGUGAGCGGGUGCGACGCGUCGGUGCUGAUCGCGUCCAACCAGUUCGCCAAGUCGGAGCACGACGCGGAGAUCAACCACUCCCUCCCCGGCGACGCCUUCGACGCCGUGGUGCGCGCCAAGCUGGCCCUGGAGCUGGAGUGCCCCGGCGUGGUGUCCUGCGCCGACAUCCUGGCGCUGGCGUCGCGCGUGCUGGUGACCAUGACCGGCGGGCCCCGGUACCCCAUCUCGCUGGGGCGCCGGGACUCGCUGUCCUCGUCGCCCACGGCGCCCGACGUGGAGCUCCCGCACGCCAACUACACCGUGGACCGCCUCAUCCAGAUGUUCGGCGCCAAGGGGUUCACGGUGCAGGAGCUGGUGGCGCUGUCCGGCGCCCACACGCUGGGCUUCUCCCACUGCAAGGAGUUCGCCGACCGGCUCUACAACUUCCGCGACAAGGGCGGCAAGCCGGAGGACUUCGACCCGAGCAUGAACCCGUCCUACGCCAAGGGGCUCCAGGCCGUGUGCAGGGACUACCUCAAGGACCCCACCAUCGCGGCCUUCAACGACAUCAUGACGCCCGGCAAGUUCGACAACAUGUACUUCGUCAACCUGGAGCGCGGCCUCGGCCUGCUCAGCACCGACGAGGAGCUCUUCACGGACCCGCGCACCAAGGCGCUCGUGCAGCGCUACGCCGCCAACUCCACCGCCUUCUUCGACGACUUCGGCCGCGCCAUGGAGAAGCUCAGCUUGUUCGGCGUCAAGACCGGCGCCGAAGGCGAGGUCAGGCGGCGCUGCGACGCCUACAACAACGGCCCAAUGCCCAAGUGAGGCGCGGUAUGCUCGGAUCGAUCGACCGACCUGUGUGACACGACGACCAUGCCGACAUGCCGUUGCUCGGCGGUCACGAUGGUGCUAAGAAUUGCAUUGCGCGGAAAUGUGUUAUGUUUCCUGCUCGAUCAAGUAAUUUAAUCUCUUGAGCAAUUUAAAUGACUGUCUUUGAUUCAAGUGUUGCUAGUACGAUACCAACGAAUUCCUUUCUUUCUUCUUUGAUUGAUCGUCUUGACCGGUCAGGUAAUAAAUAAAUGUGACUAGAUACCAAGAA